GACCGGAAGGAGUUGCCGGCGUUUCCGGCGCCGGCGCCUCUGAGGAAUCCUCAGUGAUGUCGUGGUUUCGAGCCGCUCCUUUGGCCGAGGGUCCUGGAGAGGAGGGGGACGUUUUUGACGAGGAAGCUGACGAGUCGGUCCUGGUGCAUCGGGAAUGGCGGAGCCACAUGCAGAGACGAGUCAAAGAAGGCUAUAGAGAUGGAAUAGAUGCUGGCAAAGCAGUUACUCUUCAACAAGGUUUCAAUCAAGGUUAUAAGGAAGGUGCAGAAGUCAUUAUAAACUAUGGACAACUCAGAGGAACAUUGAGUGCUUUGCUCUCCUGGUGUCACCUUCAUGAUAAUAGUGCGGCUUUGAUCAGUAAAAUAAAUAAUCUUCUGGAUGCAGUUGGCCAGUGUGAAGAGUAUGUGCUCAGACAUCUGAAAUCAAUCACUCCACAGCCCCAUGUUGUAGAUUUAUUGGACUCCAUUCAGGAUAUGGACCUUUGUCAUAUAGCUCCAGCUGAGGAAAAGAUUGAUGAAGCUAAAGAUGAAAGAUUCUAUGAAAAUAAUGCUGAGUUUAACAAAAACUGUAGCAAGAAUCUUAGUGGGGUAGAUUGUUCAUCUUUAAAAUGUUGUAGAACACAGGAGCGUGCACAUUCCGAAAGCCCAAGCCUCACUUGGAUUUUAGAACAGACAGCCAGUUUGGUAAAACAGCUGGGAGUAUCAAUAGACAUAUUACAGCACCUCAAACAACUAUAAAAAUUAUCUUCAUUUUAAUAAUGAAAAUAAUAGUCAGAACAUUCUUAGGACAUUUUGUUUCUGAACAAGCUAACCAAAAUUUGUACUGGUUUCUACAUUGAACACUUCACUUGUAAGGUUAUCCUUCAUGGAAGUUUGAAAUGUCUUCAAAAUUAACACUAUUUAAUAUAAGCCU